AGGGAGAGAGGCAGUGGGUGGGGGAGGUGCUGCUGCUGCUGCUGUACAGGGGCUGGGCCUGUGGUUGUUCAGGGAGAGAGUGGGGGGUGGCUCAGCAAUGUGUCUGGGGCUUCCUGGUGUCAGUGUGGUUUGUGUCAGACACUCCCUGCUCCUCCUGGUUCAGAGAAGGCUGAGCCAAGGCUCUGCUAUGGCGCCAGAGACAGAGGCUAAAAAGAGAGCUGCCUACAUGGCUGUGGACAAGUAUGUGCAAAAUAACCAAGUCCUGGGGAUUGGCAGUGGCUCCACAAUUGUUCACGCUGUAAAGAGAAUAGCUGAGCGGGUGCAAAAGGAUGGUCUGAAGGUGGUGUGUGUACCCAGCUCCUUCCAGGCUCGUCAGCUGAUCUUGCAGAACAAGCUGCCGCUGAGUGAUCUGGACCAAUAUCCUGAGCUAGAUUUGGCCAUCGAUGGUGCAGAUGAGGUGGACAAUGAUCUGAACUUGAUCAAAGGCGGAGGAGGCUGUUUGACUCAGGAGAAGAUCGUUGCCAGCUGUGCGAAAAAAUUCAUUGUCAUUGCAGAUUACAGAAAAAUUUCCAAAUGCCUUGGAGAGAAAUGGAAAAGAGGAAUUCCGAUCGAAGUCAUCCCAAAGGCUUACCUCCCGCUCACCAGGACCAUAGCAGCCAGAUUUGGAGGUGUGGCGGAGCUGAGAAUGGCUGUCAGCAAAGCUGGCCCGCUGGUGACUGAUAAUGGGAACUUCAUCCUGGACUGGAAGUUUGAGAAAGUGUCUGACUGGAAGACUGUGCACUGCAGCAUUAAAAUGUUACCAGGAGUGGUGGAGACGGGUUUAUUCAUUGACCUGGCGGAGAAGGUGUUUUUUGGGAUGGAGGACGGCACGGUGGAGGUUCGAGAGAGACCGUCCCAAUGACAGCGAGCACAGGGGAGGGAGAGAGUGAGAGAGGACCAGGAUGAGAUCGAGAGAAAACGAGAGAGACGACAAUGAAACCGAGAGAGAUGAUACGAGAGACACCACGAAAGAGAACACGAAAGAGAGAGAGAGAGCGUCUCAUUCUUGCCUCCUCCUUCACCAGGAUCCAAGUUGCCUUGCUUUCCGAGCCUUCAACAAGCCAAAUACUAUAUUCUUUUUACAUUUUAUAUUGUUUUAAUUGUACAGAUUAAAAACAUUUUUUUGAUUUUCCAAAAAGAAACAUCAGUCACCUAGUUGCUUUAUUAAAAACGCCAAGUCCUGCCCCCUCUCCCUCCCUCUUUUCCUUCCACUCCCACUUCGCACCCCCUCCCCACCAUUCUGGCCACUUGUCGAAUGCCAUCAAUGGGUCCCUUUGUACAACUGAACUAAUAGGAGGUGUUGCGUAAGGGCCCCUGAUUCCCAUAAGAGAUGAGACGUUUCUGCCUGGCUUAAUCCCAUCUCUGACCGUCCUGAAUGGGGAAGGCACCUUUGACACAAUCCGAGAUAUCCUGAACCCAGGGAGAGGUUAAACCAGAAACUCUGCGGAGAGAGAAUCUCACCUACAAACAAACACUGUCACCACACCUUCUAGUGAUACCUGGGUAGCUAUUGUCAAUGCGACAAGGCAGGCGCCGUAUCAAAUGCAAAUCCUUUUAAGGAUCAUUAUCUUUGGCAAUUGCCUGGGACGACAAAUGAACCCUCCAGAGUGACAUUUGCUCUGUAAAGUCUUAAAUGUGGUUACUGUGCAGGCAAACUCCCUUUCGCCUCUCCUUCCCCCUCCACACCUCCCUUCCUUCUCUCUCCCCCC